UCGAAUCCGUUUAAUGCAAGAGAUUAUCGCCGGAAUGCGUGUCAUAAAGAUGUACGCCUGGGAACAGCCCUUCGCACAGUUGGUGGCAAUCGCUCGCAAGUCUGAAGUAAAACAAAUCCGUUUAUCAAGUUUUUUGAAAGGCGUUAAUUUUUCGCUGUAUUUUGUGAUAACACGGGUUAUAAUAUACGCCUGUUUUCUAACAUAUAUACUGAUGGGCGAGAAGUUGUCGGCGGAGACAGCCUUUGCCACAAUUGCCUACUUUAAUGCCUUGCGUUGGGGAAUAGGAAUGAACGCACCCCUGGCUAUAGCCGCUCUCAGCGAGUUAAUUAUAGUCAUCAAACGUAUCCAGAAUUUUCUAUUACUCGAAGAGAUGAGUGGUUUGGAUGAGAGGGAAGGGAAAGACAACGAGGCGUUCAUUUCGGGGAAAAAUGAGAUUAUUCUCGGAGUAAUGAAAAACACUUCGAGUAAUGAAGAAAAAGGCGUUUUUAUGGACAAAAUGAGCGUUCGUUGGAAUAAUACUUCUGGUGAAUGGCCCUGUGCUAUUGUAAAACCCGGCGAACUGUUGGCUGUCGUCGGAUCCGUUGGCAGUGGAAAGAGUUCACUAUUGAUGUCAAUACUGAAUGAGAUAACCGUAGUGUCGGGUCGAGUGGUAGUGAGGGGUCGGGUGUCGUACGCGCCGCAGGAGUCGUGGGCUUUCAUAGCGAGUGUUCGACAGAAUAUUCUGUUUGGCUCUCAAUAUAAUGAAGAGAAAUACAAUCGAGUGGUGAAAGCGUGCGCUUUGGACACAGAUUUCCAACUCAUGCCAUUUGGGGACAAAACACUUGUGGGGGAGAGAGGGCUGGCAUUGAGUGGCGGACAGAAGGCUAGGCUGAGUCUGGCCCGGACUCUGUACCACUCGGCAGACAUCUACCUAUUGGACGACAUCUUGAGUGCUGUCGACACACAUGUGGCCAAACAUCUCUUCCAGAAGUACAUAUGUUGUGUUCAGUACUUGAAAGACAAGGCGACUAUUUUAGUGACGCAUAGCAUCCAGUUUCUCAAAGACGCGCAUCAAAUACUUGUGCUCAACGACGGCGAGUGUGUGGCCAUCGGGUCCUACACUCAGCUCAAAGAGCGCGGCAUUGAUCUCAUGGCAUAUCACAGACAAACCGAUGGACCAAAUGCUAGCAUAGCUGUAAAGAGGAGGAUAUCUAUCACACCAUCGAUGGUCUCAUCCCUUAGUGAGGGAUCGAAUGUGACGGACGUUAGGGAACCGAUAGAAGUGGACGAACAGGAAGUGAAGGCCGAACUCAAAAUGAUUGGAUCCGUUGAGACCAGUGUUUAUAUGGAUUACAUUAUGGCCGGCGCCGGACCUCUACUCAUAACACUUACCAUUUUGGUUAUAAUCGCUGCACAAGUCGUCAAUCAGGGAAGUGAUUAUUGGCUGAGCCUAUGGACUAAUGAAAUGAUCAAAAACCCCGAAGAAGUUGACCAGACAUUCAACAUAAUUAUCUACACGAGUAUAAUGUGUGGACGAAUACUAAAUAGAGUUUCAAAAGACACGGGAAUUGUGGACGAAAUAUUACCAUCGGUUGCCUUUGAAUUCAUAAUUGUAAAUUACCAUAAUUUAUUUUAUAAGAGAGAAUGUAUGACCAUGUUUUCUGGAUGCUAAUUAAUUGAAUAUAAAUUUAGUAAGCAUAGUAUAUA